ACCAGCCACCCUUACCCUGACAUCUCGAACCUGUAGCUGCCAUUAGAUGACAUCCACAUCGGCCUCAGCUAGCUAAUGAACCCAAACUACGUUAGCAAACAUGCUAAAUGUACUGCUACACAUCAGGAUGUUAGCUAUGUUAGCAUGCUACUGUUUUGCAGAAGCAUCGAGCUCAAGGCACUGCUGAAACAUGGAUUUUGUUUCUCCACUGAGUGAAAUAACAUUUGUAACUGAAAACAAUUACAAUUUAAUCAAACUUUUUUAAGAGUCAAGGUAUUUUGUUAUAAAUACUCUACAUGUCCAAUUUCUCCCAGUAUAAAUGAUCUUUUCUUGCUUAAUCAACUUUAAGACCUGACAAGAUGACAGCGAACAAUUUUGCAUCUCAUGUCUCGGUUCUCUGUGUGUCUGAGCGCUCAGUAAUCCCUCUGACCUCAGCUUCAGAGCCAGGUGGUGCAGUGUACCUUGGCAGUGUCCUCGGUCUCUUGUUGGAGUACAUUACUCAUGGCGGAGGAUCUGUGAGUCUUCCUGGAAGCAGCUGGAGAAAGAGACAGUGUGUACGUUUGGGAAAGAAGAAGAAGAAGAGCCAGGCGUUUUUUUAGCGCUGAGUUAAAACUCUCUGCCACACAAGACAAACGGGGCUUGUUUGCAAAGACUCGUUGAAGAGAGGAUCUCUCCGCUCUGUGAAAAGAGCCACAGAUGAAGAGUCGUGCAGAGAGGAGGUGCAGCUUCAACCUCCCCCUCUUCCUCCCCCGCAGGCCUGAGAUGGCUGCAGCUUGUGUUCAGCUGCUCUUGGCUGCCUCCCUGUGGAGGACGCCUCACACGGAUGCUGCUGCUGCUGCGGCUGCUGCUCCUCUCAAUUUGAGCAGAGCUGCAGCUGAGACCCAGUCUGACUUCAGGAUGCUCGGUGUAGCUGUGAGCAGACGCAAAAGAGACAUUUCCUCCAGAGAGAUCAACGCGCUGCUGGAUUACCACAACCGAGUCCGCUCACAGGUCUUCCCCCCGGCAGCUAACAUGGAGUUCAUGCUCUGGGAUGAGGAGCUCGCUAAGUCCGCAGACUCCUGGGCCUCAAGAUGCGUUUGGGAUCACGGUCCGUCACAAGCCAUAAGAUACAUGGGCCAAAACCUGUCCAUCACCUCAGGAAGGUACCAGUCCAUCACUGAUCUGGUACGGUCCUGGUACGAGGAGAGGCAUCACUUCUCCUACCCGAACAGAUGCAGUGGAGCAGUUUGCUCUCACUACACCCAGAUGGUUUGGGCGAGCACCAACAAAGUGGGAUGCGCCGUCAGGAAGUGCUCCAACGUGAACGUGUAUGGAAACACGUGGAAGGAGACGACGCUGCUGGUCUGCAACUACUCUGUAAAGGGAAACUGGGUGGGGGAAGCUCCCUAUAAGAGCGGGAAGCCUUGUUCUGUCUGUCCGUCCAGCUAUGGCGGCUCCUGCUGGAGAAACCAGUGCUCCCCAAAAACAAAACCCAGAAGGCUUACAAGACUUUAACACAACACACUGUUCUUAAUGUGUUUAAAUGAAGAAAAAAAAGAGUGAUAAUCCAAGAGAAGUGAAGUUUGAACCAAUAUGAAGUGUGCAUAAAAUGAUGCAGCUCUGUAGUUACCACUAUGUUCAAAGUGAAUCUUUAUUACUGAUGUUUUUAAAUCAAUAAGAAUGUUUCCAGUGCUGUUGCUCACUAACUAAAGGGCCUUUUAUUGGGAGAUAAAGUUGCCCUUAUAUUUUUUAUAGACACCCUUAGGGAUUGUUUGCACUGUUCUUGAUAAAUGUGGGUGACUUUUUACAUGCAUUAACCCCUCGCCCGAAAAAAGCACUUUUGUUGUACAUAUUAUAUUAACCAUGACCUUCUGACCUGUAUAUUUUUCUGUAUUCAGUGUGAAAAUCUGUCCAGUCAUUGCUGCAGUGAAUGUGUUUAAUUAACGGUUUUCUGUUUGCCUGGCUGAAAAGUAAUUAAGUUAUAAAUAAAUGAAGGUCUUGUUUUGUAUAUGCCUAUAAAUAAUCCGUAGUUCAC